ACGCUAGAGGCUAUUCUUACACGUGGAACAUGUUCACGAUUGCACUGCUAUUGCGACAGCGCGCUUACGCCAGGCACGGGUGCUUCCGCACGAUUAAAGGCAUCAUGCAGUCACCCUUCACAUGAUCGAAUUUCACUUAUUCUGUACUCAGUUACGUUAUUAUAAGUUUUAUAAUGUUUUCCUUCGCGAGAUGAAUAGCACAAUUUAGCGAUGGCAUCGGUGUUUAAAGGUAGAUCACUCAGGCGGAAAACGUCUCGGGGAAUUCUAACUCAUGACCCUGAAUCGGUGCUGAACGGCGUACCCAUGACAGCGCUUUACUUUUCGGCUGCCUGGUGCGGUCCAUGCAAACGUUUCACACCGUUGUUGAAGGAAUUGUACGAGAAACAAGACGCGGGCAUCGGGAAGAUGAUGGAAGUGGUUUUCGUUUCGCUGGACAAGUCAGAGAGCGCAAUGAUGGAGUAUUACAUGAAUGAUCACGGGAGAUGGCUAUACGUGCCUUACGAAUAUGGAGAUUUCAUAAUAUCUCUGCAGGAUAAAUACCGCAUCGCUGGUAUUCCGUGCCUUACAGUGAUUGGUAAACAGGGCAACACCAUCUCCAUUGAAGCAGGCAGGAAACUAUCAAACAUAGGCAUUGACGGCUUUCGCAACUGGCUCUUCAGCAAAGUUCCCCUGGUUGUAGAACUGGACACCUUGAUUGAGGAAUGGAAAAGGGACUGGUUGAAGGAUAAUUCCGGUUAUCUGGGAAAUGACUCUGUGUGGCAAAAAAAGCUCUAUAAGUGCAUAUGCCCAAAUGGUACUGAGGAAGACAACGAGAAGAAUAAGCAAGAGGUUCCCAACCAAGAGCUUUCAAUAAGAAACCCUGAACCCAAGGUGGAGUCCCAAAGCAGUCCUGAGAGAGGUGGACUGAUGCCAUCAACAGCAGGGCCAUUAUCUGGAUCCCUACCAGCACCACAAACUGAAAACAGAGCAGCUGAUUCCAGUUUAUUGAGAAGAAAUCGAGAAAUUAAUGUGCCAGUCAUCCUAGUUAACAACAACAACAACAACAAGAGCAGACAGCAUCAUCAUCAGCAACUCAAACCUGAGCUGCUGUUGCCAGAUCCUGAAGACCCAGUGCUGGCAUUUGAAGCUGCUCGCAUGUCUACAGGAAGCCCAGUGGACCCUGAAGAAGACUUUCCUGAGGAAGAAGAAGUUGCUGAUGCUGCCAGAAGAAGCACACGAUUUUAGAACGGCAUUUCUUUAUAUAUCUAAUCAUAUUCAUGCAUCAUUGAUCUCUUUUACGUGUAUGCUGGAAACAGUGUGAUUGCAAAAAAAAAAUCUGCAAAGUUGUAAAAAGAAUUUGCAGUAUAUGAAGCAAUUUCACUCUGUAUUUGAGUGCAGCAGAUGGAGUUAUUUUUUAUUUUUCUUGAGCCA